AUGGGACUCCCGCAAGACUACGGAUUGUCAGACAUGGAAGACACCAAAGUUACCAUGCCCUUCCCGGCACCCACGAAACAAGUUGCUGGCGACAUCAACGGCAUCAAAACCGACGUGAUGUAUAUGUCGUUUGCCGACAAGAUUCUGAUCACUAUCACCCAGAACGGCAGACUAUCGCAAUGGGUCACUGUGCCGCUCCUCAGCGAUAACCCAACGCAAACAGAUCCUUACUUCCAGACCACGCGCUCAGGCGAAGACAAUCUACUACCAUCUGCGCGCUUCACGCCACGAGUUCUUCUCGGCGCUGGCGGUCCCGAUCGCGAGACCAUGGGCCAGCUCUAUGCUUCACAGAUUGCAAAUACCAUUGUCACGAAAUCCCCUGAGGAAAAUCGGUCGCUUAUGCUCGGCCUUGGUCUGGCGAAGGUCGAACUCGAAAGGGACGUCUUUCUACAAGUUAUCGAUCUUGUUCUGUCCGUACUCUGA